AUGCAGCAAGCGUUAGACAUAUUCCUGUUAACGUACCGAAGUACACCCAACCGGGCACUGCCAGACCAAAAGUCGCCGUCCGAGGUCAUGUUUGGUCGCAAAAUACGCACCUGUCUCGAGCUGCUACGUCCCCCAACGGUACGAACUCCAGUAGCACCGUCGGACGAUCACACAAAACCGAGGUUCUUCAGCCGGAACUAUUCGGUUUACGCUAAGCUUUAUGGCCGUAACGGUUGGAAGUGGGCUCCUGGAACAAUCAUCGAAAAAAUAGGAGACGUGAUGUAUAACGUAUGGGUCGAUGAUCGCCGAAUGCUGCGUUCCCAUAUCAACCAACUCCGGAGUCGCCUGUUGACUCGAUACCUGUUGACUCGAUACCAAAGCAACCUGCCAAUCAAGCCACCUCUCGUCAGUAUUCGUUACCGCUCGACAACCUGUUGGGUGCCUGGAAUCUACCAAAUCAAUCUUCUGGCACGCCAGCACUGUCCCUUGUUGCGAGCGGAUCUGAUUUAUCACCUGUCUCCAGUCCCGAGCAUACCUUGCUAG